AUGACGCCUUCCAAGUUCCGUGAAACUGUCAACCUUUACCCGAGCAUGGCAACGGAAGGCAAGAACGACAAGCUAGUUGAACCAACGAUGCACAUCUACCAAGAGAGCCUCCAACUUGCAUCAGUUUCGACAAACCGCCGCGCAAUCGUGGAGACCUCUGAACAGCUUGACGCAGGCGACUUGACUCGUUUCACGAUUUUCACCUCCCUACAAUGA